AUGCCCAAGGUGAAGACCAACCGGAUCAAAUGCCCAGAUGGGUGGGAGUUGAUUGAGCCUAAUCUUUGUGAACUAGAUGCUAAGAUGAGAGAAGCUGAAAGUGUCCCAAAUGAUGGCAAAAGAAAGUGUGAAGCAUUCUGGCCUAUUUUAAAAAUUGCGCAUCAAAAGAGCCGCUACAUCUUUGACCUUUACUACAAAAGGAAUGAAUUAUCAAGAGCGUUGUAUGAAUUCUGCUUGGAGCAAGGCUAUGCAGACCGCAACCUAAUUGCAAAGUGGAAAAAGUCAGGAUAUGAAAGUCUCUGCUGCCUACGUUGCAUACAGCCAAGGGAUCACAACUUUGGAACAACUUGUGUGUGCCGAGCACUGAGCACUUGAGGGAAGAGAAAGCUGUGGAGUGUGUGCAUUGUGGAUGUGGGGGCUGUGCAAGUGGGGAUUGAGUGGCUAUAUUCUGUAAACUGUUUGGCAUUCAAGGUGCGAUUUUUCCUCUUUGCCUGAGCCUAGCUUUUGC